AGAGAGGAAUCCGCUAUUUUACAUGAAACUGCCCCGCUAUGGUACGGGUGAGCAGCCAAUCAGAACCACGCACGGGGAACUUGCGCGCUUCUUCGAGGUAUCCUCCAAUCAGCAGGGACCUUUGAAUAUAGGAUUACAUUGGGAGCGGCAUGGCAAGGCCUUGCAAGUGACUGUGUUUGUUCAGUACUGGCUAAUGAAUAAGACAGGGCUCCCUCUCGUCAUCAAACAGGCGGGAUUAGGGGGUGAUCCUUCAAG